ACUUCAGCACUUUCUAUUUGAAGAUUCGGUAAGGUUAGACUAAAUUCAGCGAUUAGAUGUUGCGAAGGUCUUUGAUCGGUACGUGACACAAGUAGCUAAAGUCAUUUUAGUCAAUCAAUAUUUUUGAAUAACAAAAUAAAUUACUAGUUACCUUAUUUCAAAUUACUAUGUCGUCGGUUUUGGUACAAAAACUUUGGUUCUCGUUUUGGUCGCCAGGAUCAAUGAGUCGCCUAAGACAGCAAGUGUGUCAUGUUUCGCAACAGGCUAACACCAUAGUCAGCGAAGAGCAUCGGGUCUACGAAGAGCCGUAUGUAAUUUUCCAGAACUGGCUGAUGGCGGCCCAAAAAGAGGCCCCUCAGGUCCGACCACGACUCGCCUGCAUGGCAACAGUCGACAAGGCCGGUGAGCCUGUUACGCGUUUAACCAGCAUCGAGGAGGUCAGCGCCAACGGGAUCACAUUUUUCACGACUCUGGGCAGUAGACAGGCGGGUGAGAUCAGCACCAACCCGCACGUUUCGCUGCACUUUAAUUGGGCCCCGCUCAUGCGUAGUGUCCGGAUAGCAGGAUCAGCCCAACAGCUGACAGAGGAGCAAGCCUUGGACCAGUUUCGGCGAUUUCCACGGCAGGUCCAGAUGUGCAUAACCCAUGGUCCACGUUAUGCUGCGGCUGAUUGGCAAUCUCGCUCAGGAUUUUUUGCCCGGAUUGUUCACCGCUUAAACUCCUGGCUUGGCAAGCAUCCGGAGGAGAUCGAAAUGCCAAAAAACUGGGGAGGGUACAUUCUGACUCCCACCCUAUUCGAAUUCGGGAUGCUCAGCGGAGAGAAAGCCGGCCGGACUCGGGUGAGAUUCCGGCGUUGCCUUGAAAUGCCAAGGGGAGCAAGAGUUGGCACCGUCCAAGCUGAGAGGCAAGAUUGGGUCUAUGAUUCGUGUGAGGAAAAUUGACAUUAAGUUUCCUUAAGAUCCUAUACGCAUUAAACUCCCUCUGGAUAUUAUAAAGUUGUAGUCACAUACUUAUUCUCCUCCUGGUCACAUCCGUAAAAGUGUAGCUAAAUUUAUAGUCAAAUCAGUAUAAUUGUGGAAGUAAAUAUAUGUAUUGUGGUGAAA